AUGCGUGUUUCCUAUCGCCUUGGACUUACUCCUGAAGAGGUGGAGGAAAGUGUUAAUAAAGUUAGACAACUGGCCAAUCAAGUAACUGACCGGAAAAAAAUUUUAAAAUUAAAAUUUUUUCAGUUAUUUCAAUUUCAAAACCAAAAUUCUUCAAAAAAUGAAGAAGAAAAUAGUCCAAUUAGUCCAAAUUUCCCCGGAAAAUUUGCCUAUUUAUUUUUACUCGAAAAUAAUAAGAAUGGGGGGAAGCUGUCUAUGGGGUUGGAUGAAUUAUUGGAUAGUUUAUUAUGUCAUCAAUUAAUUAUUCAAAUAUCUACAGAAUUAAUAUUAUUUGAAAAUAAUAAUGAAUUAUUAAAAACUUUAAUUUUAAGUUGUUUAAAUGUUACAGUUGAAAUUUGUGAACAAUUUGAAGAACGUAAAGGAUUGGGGAAUCUUUUACAGAAAUUAACUGAUCUCCCAUCACCUGCUAACCUAUGGAAUAUAUAUUUAUCUACAAUAGAAUCAUUAAUUAAAGUAGAAAUAAAUCAGACAUUAAAUGAGCUAAUGAAAGACCAAAAAGAAGAAAAUUUAAAUAAAUCUCAUAUAAAACAAAUAAUUAAUUUUUUGAAAAGAUUGGUUGGAGAUAACAAUGAAAAACAACAUAAAAUAAAGGAAGAAAAUAUUCUUAAUUUGGCACUUACAAAAUUAUUAAAUUUAUUAGAAGACAAUACUUACAAUAAUUUAAAUUUGGAAAACGUGGAUUUGGAGAAAAAAACAAAAAUGCUAAAAAAUAUUGAAUUAGCAAUAGUAGAAGAAAUUGGACAUUUAUUAUUAUCAGAACAGUCAAAGUUAUUUUCUGUUUCUGCAAAAGAAGCAUUUGAAUUAUUUAACAAAAAGCUCCUAAUUUGA